AUGGCUGACUCUCCAGAGCCUCCAUCCAGGCGUCCAGAUACUAUCUCAAAUCUGUCACAUCUGCAAUACCCUACUCUUCCUCCCCUCAGUGCUUCGGUCGAAGAGUGGCUAUCUCGUUCGAGACCUAUCAUUAUGACGUCAACACCACCGACAGACCAUCCACCAAAGUCUUUGAGUGAGAGUUGGGCAACUUUAAGUGUAUCUGACGUGCACUCUGAAGAUGGCGCUCCCUCUGAACAAACUGAUGUCGGAUCUCUGAUUGAUCAAACCGGCCCCGACGAUGUUGCAAGCCUCGAUGGGGGGUACAGCAGUAGCGAUGAGGUGGACGGUCAUUACGACGAGGGCCCUGAGAAUGACAACUACGAUUCAAGAAGUGAGAUGUCCGAGUCUCAGGAGCUGCAUCCUAUGUUUCCUCAGAUAGGACGCUCCAUUGAUGAUAGUAAUCUGACGGCCAAGACUGCGCUCCGUCAAUCGACCGAGUCCAUUGAAUUUGUUGAACCCGAUAACUGGCCCGAAGUUGAACGGGUAGAGCUGAAACAUACAAUUCGUUUGUUUGAGGGCCCUGAGAUUACGGAGCUGGGGGAUACUUUCGCUCCUUAUUUAGAGGACUCGACCUUGAUGGCGACCGUCCAACAGACGAUGACAAAGAAAAGCAUUGAUACCGACAAACCUUUUCGAGUACUAUAUGUUGGAAGCUCCGAGUUCCGGAGUAUUGUCCUUGAUAAGCUUGGAGACGUCUUGGUGGCAAGUACAUCCAAUGGGUUCGAAAGCAGCUCAGCGGAGUCUUCAAGAUAUCAUGUGGUUCCAACUUCGUUCGGCGCCGGCGCCGUCCCUAACUUUGCGGAGCUUCUCCCGAUUCAUGUCCAAUUAAUCGUUGACGAGUGCCUCGAGGCCUUCCCGGAAUCUCAUAUCGAUAAGCCUAGUACAAUCAAUCUGAAGUUAAAGAACCGGCCUUCAUGUUCAUCUCUCUGGACAGGAACCGAAUAUUGCCUCUCAUCAUCAACCGAAUGGACUCUACCCGACGUAGCCAUCACUUUCUUAUCUAAUUCGGAUACCGAGAUAGCCAUGAGAACCCAAGAUUCGGCACGUGUUUUCAUGGAAAGACAUGGAGUGCCAACAAUGGCGAUUUCGGAGAAACCACUCUGGACAAUGUCUAGGGACCUGGUCCCCGUGAACCAUCAUAGUCUUCACAUGUGUUUAGAAUCUCGUCACUCUUUUACCGGGAGAACCACAGUCUUAGAGCGAUAUCCCAUUGACCUAAACACAUUCGAAAGCAUCACUCCUGGGCAAUUGAAUAGAAACCUAGCCUCUUUAACGAGCAUUUAUCCCAGGAAGCACUACGUGUCUACCUCCAAGACCCCAACCGUCGUUGCAACGAAGCCUUCAUUUGAUAUGAAGAAGUAUACAAGGAAACUCCUCCCUCUCCCCUACCUGAGAAAUGAGACUGAGUUCUCAUUUGUGCUCCGUCUCAUCACCAUCACUUUAAUAUCUGCUGUAACGCUCACUUUCGGUCACUCAGCCCUCAAGGCUACCACGAUUUGCAUUUCAGACCUCCUUACCCGUCCAGCAGUCUCCAGCCAAGUUCCAUCAUCUACUUCGGGUAUUUCAACCACGGCCGUUUUUCCAACGCAAGAAUUAAAGCAGACAUCAAUUCCAGUGCUUUCUUCUUUGACAAGCGACAUUCAAGUCCUUGGAGAACAGCUUGACAGUCAAACACAGAAGGGACAUUUGGGAGCACUAUCCCCUGUCGAGAAGCAGGCGACGCCGGAAACAUUUGAGGUCCAAGUAGUGGGUGACUGUCACCUCGUCAUAAAACCCCCACACAAAUCUUUGGCGGGGAGAAGACAGCCUAAAUUUAGUGUUCAAGUGAGUCGACGGGGUCAGCCACUUCAGUAUGAGCUUUCCAGGCUAUUCGAAGGGGUUUACAGUCUGAAGAUGAAUCGCGAAGAGGCGUACGGUGUAGUUAACAUUACAAUAACUACGAACUCGAAGCCCGCAAUCAGACAAACCACCUCCCUAGAUUUGGGGACACCGUGGUUGAAGAUUGCAAACUGGAAACGUGCGGCACACGAUAUUACAUCGCAGCUCGUAAGGGACUUGAACACCGCACAAACAGGAUUAUCCGAAGCGUACGGCCGAAUCUGUACUGAUCUACAAGUUCUCAUGGGAGAUGUGGUGAAAAAGGCAUAUAUCGUACGACGAGAAGCGGACACCCUGCGACGAGAUUCUGUGCAACUUACUCUCGAAACACGACAAGUGGUCUUGUCCACCUCGAAGCAACUCUCUGAGGUUUUUAAACGCACCGCUGUGCAGCCCUUCCUAUCUGCCUCCUCCGUACUACAGGGUCAAACCCUGAAGGUAAAUAAGGAGGCGAGGCAGAUGAUGAGCGGCACAUGGGGUAGAAUCAGCAACGGUGCUCAACGCCUAGACUUUAGAGCGAUAAUCGAGCAUGUUCGUAACGCACACAAAUGCAAGGCCCUGGAUAAGGCCCAAAAGAGAGCCAGACGCUUAAUGAGAGGCAAGGCCUCCUAG